AUGUUAUCCAAUUGGAAGUGCAGACAGACCAUUACAGCCGCGCCAAUGGACUGCUACAAGUCCAGCGUUAUCUCGGAUGACACCCUUGUUCUGGGAAGAAAUAAGGGUUUUGUUGAGGUAUAUAAAAUAGGGCCAAGCCUUAAAAAGAGAAUAGAAUAUAAAAGCCACUCCUCCUGCUUUGACUAUCUAAGAAGCACUGAAAUUUCAGAGUCUGUGGAUAAUAUAAACCUAGUGCCCUCUGGAACUAAGGAGAUUCUAGUGCUUAGUGGAAACCAGAAGAAUAUAAAGCUUUGGAAUAUAUAUUCCUCGUAUAUAAAAACAGAAACACCGCCACACAUUGUAGAAUGCUGCUCAGACUCCUCUUUUUCCUGUGAAAACGUGGAAGAGGCUUCUUCUAUUGAAACCCGGUCUCCUUCAGAUCGCAUAAAGAUGAUCUUUUCUGGGGAAACAAAGAGAAAGGCACGAGUCAAGCUAGAAAAAGAGUACUCUCCAGAAAACAUCUAUAAUAUACAUAGUCUAUCUGUUUCUAACACAGGAGAAACUAUUCUUAUGUCAGACGAGCUUACUAUUACCUUUUUAAAUGCAAAGCUAGGAGACCCGUGGACUGCGCUUAAUCUAAAACCAACCAAAAACGAAGAACUGUCUAAGGUUAUCACCACUGCUCGAUUUCUAGAAAACUCCAAUAACAUGUUCAUAUACGGCACAGCUGGUGGGUCAAUGUUUUUGCACGACUUGCGAGAAUGCUCUCGUGGCGAAAGUGUUCUAACUGUGAAUUCCCCCAAGCGCUCAGAUUUCUACAACGAGGUUGUACAGCCGGUCGCUGAUAUUCAGUUUGUUUCUGACAAUAUCAUUGCUAGCCGUGACCUGCAGUAUGUGGUGACGACUGACAUUCGUUAUCCAAAAAAUGUCCUUAUGGAAUAUGACAUAUACCCGCUUGUCCGCAAGAAUAUUAGCGAUCUGUAUGACUCCGAUGAGAUAUUCUCUAAGUUUAAAAUGGCUGUUUCUGGCGAUAAGAUAUACACCGGCUCCUUUAACACUGUUCUGGCUGAAAUCGAUACUAAAACAACCUCCUUAAACAGAACUUUCCUGGAAACCGACCUUGAGUCUGCUACAAGAAUUAUAGAAGACAAGAAAAUUGCCUGUAUCUCUAUAAAAGAUGACUGCAUGGUGACUGCGCAUGGCAACCAGUGCUAUAUAUUCAGAUCAACCGUAUAAAUAGGUAAAACAUUUCCAUUUGUGGUAUGGAUUUAAUAAAUAGUUGAUUGUUCGGGGG